CACUAUCCACUCUCCAUUUAAAAACCCUUCAAAAUCCCAUUCUUUUUAGUUGAACUCAAUGUAUGAUCCACUCCCCCUUUCAUCUUUCUUGGAUACUCUUUUACAAUUUUCUUUAAAAAUAAAAAAGAAAAAAACUAUUUUCUUCUUCUUCUUCAGUUCUUCCCUUCCUGUUGAAUGUUGAUGGUAUCAAUAAAGGCAAUCCCUUCUGAAAGCCUGAAAAAGAUAACAAACCCAUCUUUACUUCUCCUUUACCUUAAAGAAAGUUUGAACUUUAUGACGUGGGCAAUGACGAUGCUGUAGAAAGAUUCCUACCCGUAUUCAUUUCCUUUGGAUUUUCAUUUAAUUAGAAGAGAAAAGAGAGGAAGAAUUUCUGGGUUUGGUUUUGAAAAGCAGAACUUGGAAGGCUUUAGCUUUAUUUGGAAGCAUUAAGUAAUUGUUUCCUCAAGUUGUGAUUUUGUUUAAGUUUCUUGGGGGAAAAUUAUACGCAAUGUUGUCUACUGAGGAGGUGGUGGACGAGGUGAUGAGGCUUCAUAGAUCUCUGCCGGCGCGGCCGGGAGUGGAGGAGGUGGAGGCGGCCAAGGCAUUUCUCGCCGCCGUGGAGAGGGAGGAUCUGCAGAAACUCGACUCGAUCGCGCGGCAGAGGAGAGGGAAAGACGUCCCCGAAGAACUGUUCAGCGUGUUGCAGGAAAUGCAGAGGGCUAUGGUUGAUUUCCAAAGCAAGGAGCAGAAGAAGGAAGCCCUGAAACUGCUGGAUCUCGAGCAUGCUCACUAUGUGUUCGACGAUUUGGUUCAGAGAGCUUCCAAGUGCUUGCCUUCCGCCGCCUCCCACCCAUAUGCUCCCUCCACUUCCUCCAGCUUGAAUUCCAGCAGCUUGUCUUCUCUGGCGACUUCGGCCUCCAUGUCCAGCAGCAGCUUCGGGUCUCCGGCGACCACCGCCGCUCCGCCACUAUCCGGGGUUUACAGCGACCGAGAGCAUCUGAUGAAGACCUCCGAGUUUCACAGUAAAGACGACAGCUUUUUGAAGAAGUCCAAAACUGCUUUUCAUAUGGAUGGAAUUGGUGCUGUUGGUAGAAGACCUGAUUAUGCACCUGCUGCAUCCAUGAUUCUUGAUUCCACUUUAAAGCCUGCAACUAAUCCAAGUGGAGAUGGUGAGAAACUGAGCUUGAUCAAGCUUGCCAGUUUAAUUGAGCUGACUGCCAAGAGAGGAACUCAAGAUCAUCUCAUUCUAAAGAACAAGUUGUCUGAUCAGGUUGACUGGCUCCCUGAAUCGGUAGGCAAGUUAACGAGUCUGAUCACCUUAGAUUUAUCCGAAAACCGGAUUGCGUCCGUACCUUCAUCAAUCGGAGCACUCUUGUCCCUCAAGAAACUCGAUUUGCACUCAAACCGGAUCGCUGACCUCCCGGACUCCAUAGGAAACCUUCUCACCUUGGUUUACCUUGACUUGAGUGGGAACCAGCUAAAGUCAUUGCCAGUCUCCAUAUGCAAGUUAAGCCGUCUUGAAGAACUCGAUUUGAGCUCCAAUGCCCUCUCUAACCUCCCAGAAACAAUUGGCUCUCUCUCCAGUCUCAGACGACUGAUCGUGGAGACUAACGAUCUUGAGGAACUUCCUCACACCAUCAGCCAGUGCUCCUCUCUCGCCGAGCUUCGGGCAGACUACAACAAACUCAAAGCUCUGCCCGAAGCCGUGGGGAGAAUGGGAGCUCUGGAGAUACUGUCUUUGAGGUACAACAAUGUGAGGCAAUUGCCCACCACAAUGGCAUCAAUGGGAAGCUUGAAGGAACUCAAUGUGAGUUUCAACGAGAUCGAAUCCGUUCCCGAGAGCUUGUGCUUAGUAACCACACUUGUAAAGCUCAACAUUAGUAACAACUUUGCCGACCUCCGGUGCCUCCCGAGGUCGAUCGGAAACCUCGAAAUGCUCGAGGAAUUGGAUAUGAGUAACAACCAAAUCCGAAACUUGCCCGACUCAUUCAGGAUGCUGUCGAAGCUACGAAUUCUCAAAACCGAAGGAAAUCCGCUCGAAGUUCCACCUAGAAACAUAGUGGAAAUGGGAGCUCAGGCGGUUGUUGAGUACAUGGGAGAUGUGUACGCGAAAAGGGAUGUAAAGUCGCAACCGGCGAAGCAGAAGAAGUCGUCGUGGACGCAGAGAUGCUUCCUCUCGAGAUCGAACAAACGCAAACGCAACAACGUGGAGUACGUGAAAACGUGAAUCGAUGUAACAUUUUACCACUCUCCAGGAAAUGUAAGCUGGUGGCCGGAGAUUCUAACACGUUGAUUGAGUUCUCAACCACUUUUUUUUUUUAAAAAAAAUCAUCUUCUGAAAAUUGUAGAUUUUUAUUUUUGUUUUUGAAUAUGAGGAUAUUAGUGUUUUCAAUUAUUUUGUUUUUAAUUUUUUUAAAAAAAGUUGAUGUAUACCACCUGUAUUCUUUUAUGAUAUUAAAUGAGAUGUACAAUU